CUCAGCUCUGCUUCAUCAGAGUGGCCCGGAAAGGAAAGGGGUCAAUGGGACAUGUAGAAGGAGGGAUGCUAGUCACACAUUGUGGGGAAGGGACCAGUGGAAAGAACUGAGAGGCCAGGGGAGAAACUUGGGAUGAAUUUGAACUCCACAGAAGGUCUGCUUGACGCCUGCUUUAGAAUUCUUUUCCCUAGAUGAGGUGGAUAAAGCUCAGAUCCCUGCUCAUCUUCCCAUAGGGCCGGCCUCAUCAGACUGAGGUUUCUGUGCCUACUGACAGAGGUGGGCGGCUGCGACUGAUGAACCCUCUUUCACACUGAGGGUCCAGAGUGGAAGGAGAUGCCCCUAGAUGAUAGACUUCUGUAGAAUCUGUAUCCUCGGAUCUCCUGCCUGCACCUUCUGCACCUGCUGUUCAGAAUCCCCAAGCAGGGCAUAAGUUCUGUCCCUGUCUUGUGCCUGUUAGUUUCCAUCCAUAUCCUCAGCGCAGGAUUCAGACAUCAGCAUGAAUCGUAUCCUGUUAACCUUGCUGAUGGUGACUGGUGGUGUUUCAUUUGUUAGUGAAGACAUAGAAGGGUUAAAUCACCUUCUCUACUUAUUUUACCUGAAUUCCAGUUAUCGGUCCUGUGUGGGGACUCUGAUUGCCCCUCAGUGGGUGUUGACGGCUGCACACUGCUUCUUACCAGAUCUUUGGGUCAUCUUUCAUGAUAGUUCCGCAAAUCUUCGAGACUUUCUUGGGGAGAUUUUACCUUAUGAGAAGAUCAUUAUUCACCCAAACUUCACUGCCACGUCUCCUAAAAAUGACCUCAUGCUGAUAAAGUUGUCUGUACCUUUCACUUUCUUCUCCACCAAUAUGUUUCAGUUGCCUACUCUCAAGAAUGCAGUUAAAGAUUGCUUGAUUCACACCUGGUUACAGACUAAAGACUUUAUUGGAAAUUCACAUAGUAAGCUGCAAAGUGUCACGGCUCAAUUGAACUUUAAUGUAAACUGCAAAAAAAUACUGGGUGAAAAACUUCUUGAAGACAUGUUCUGUAUGGGACCCAUGCUAGGAAGUCAGGAUCACUGCCAGGUCUUCUUACUUGGUGUGCUUCUAAGUUUUGAUGGGACAGAUUUUCCAGCAUCCCUCUAACAGAGAACUCAUAAAAGGUAAGCUAUUUUGGAUGUUUUUAUUCCAGCUUCAUACUUCAUUGUCACUUUGGUCAGAUGAAAACACCCACACACCAGCCACUGGGGAUGCCUUGGCUGCAGAUCCCCCAGCAUCUAAUGUACCUCACCCUGGUGCCCAGACCCAAAGGCAGCUUGGAUGAGCUUUGGGCACAGGCUAUUGAACACGCCCAGAAACUUACCCAGAAUCUGUAGGCCAAAGAGAGACCACAAAUGUGAGCAUUAGCUCUUUCCUUUGGGAAAGCUAAAGGGAGGUUUUCAGCACCUGGCCUGGUGCAUUACAUGAUCUAGAAG